AUGGUUUAGUCGAAGUGGACCAACUCCAGCAGCACCCCUGUCCUCCGCUCUCCCCCCUCCCACCCACCUGCAAAAAUGUCUCGGGAUUAUUUUGGGUUUUCCUACAUCAGAAGACAAACAAGAAAUGGCACGAGCUACUCAGCGCUCAACAAUCCAGCAGAUAUCUCUGUUAUUGUGAUUUACUUUUUGGUCGUCUUGGCUGUGGGAGUAUGGGCCAUGGUUCGCACCAACAGGGCCACUGUGGGUGGCUUCUUCCUCGCAGGGAGGAGUAUGGUGUGGUGGCCGAUCGGAGCAUCACUCUUUGCGAGCAACAUUGGCAGCGGCCACUUUGUUGGGAUUGCCGGCACCGCAGCAGCAGCUGGUUUAGCAAUUGGAGGAUUUGAGUGGAAUGCUUUGAUUGUUGUCGUCAUCCUGGGAUGGCUUUUUGUGCCAAUUUACAUCAAAGCUGGGGUGGUGACCAUGCCGGAGUACUUGAAGAAAAGAUUUGGAGGACAGCGCAUUCGCAUCUAUCUCUCCGUGCUCUCCCUCUGUCUCUACGUCUUCACCAAGAUCUCUGCAGACAUGUUCUCCGGUGCCAUUUUUAUCAACCAGGCUCUUGGACUUAAUAUCUACCUUGCUGUUAUCGCGCUGCUGGCGAUUACAGCCUUGUACACUGUCACAGGUGGAUUGGCUGCAGUGAUUUACACAGACACCUUACAGACCAUCAUCAUGAUUGUUGGAUCCUUUAUUCUCAUGGGCUUUGCUUUCACUGAAGUUGGGGGCUAUGAUAACUUUCAGAAGAGCUACAUGACCGCAGUCCCGACGAUCACGAGUGGUGCCAACCCAGAGUGCUACGAACCUCGGGCAGAUUCCUUCCAUAUUUUUAGGGAUCCGAUCACAGGGGACCUACCGUGGCCUGGUUUGGUGUUUGGACUUACCAUUCAGGCCACCUGGUACUGGUGCACAGAUCAGGUGAUUGUCCAGCGUUGCCUUUCUGCCAAGAAUCUCUCUCAUGUUAAAGGAGGUUGUAUUUUAUGUGGCUACCUGAAGCUGUUGCCCAUGUUUCUCAUGGUUUUUCCUGGGAUGAUCAGCAGGAUCCUCUAUCCCGAUGUGGUGGCCUGUGUGGACCCUAAUGAAUGUGAAAAACACUGUGACGCAAGUGUAGGAUGCACCAACAUUGCUUAUCCCAAGCUGGUAGUGGAUCUGAUGCCCAACGGUUUGAGAGGUCUGAUGCUGUCUGUGAUGUUGGCUUCUUUAAUGAGCUCACUUACCUCAAUUUUUAACAGUGCUAGUACGCUCUUCACCAUGGAUAUCUACACUAAGAUCCGUCCCUACGCCAAAGAGAGGGAGCUCAUGAUUGCUGGCAGAGUGUUCAUCUUGGCCCUGAUUGGUGUGAGCAUAGCGUGGAUCCCCAUAGUGCAGUCAGCUCAGAGCGGUCAGCUCUUUGACUACAUCCAGUCAAUCACCAGCUAUCUCACUCCUCCUGUUGCAGCCGUCUUCAUGCUUGCAAUCUUUUGCAAACGCGUCAAUGAGCCAGGUGCCUUUUUUGGGCUCACAAUCGGCCUGUUAAUAGGACUGUCCCGGAUGAUUACGGAGUUUGUUUAUGGAACAGGCAGCUGUGUGAGCCCCAGUGACUGUCCCACCAUCAUCUGUGGAGUCCACUACCUUUACUUCGGAAUGAUCCUGUUUGUCGUCUCCUGCAUCAUCAUACUUGGAGUUUCUCUAGUGACCAAACCUAUCGAUGACAAGCAUCUGUAUAGAUUGUGCUGGAGUCUGAGGAACCGUACAGAGGAGAGAAUAGACAUCGAACCGGAUGACUGGAUUAAUGAGAACAACUCUGAAAUGGAAAUAGAAGAAAAUGAGGAGGAACCGGGCUUCUGCAAGAAAGCAGUCAUGUGCUUCUGUGGACUGGAUCAGAAAAAGGCCCCAGAACUGAGUCCAGAAGAGCAGGCCGAGCUGAAGAAGCAGCUCACCGACACGUCUGAAAAACCUCUGUGGAGGAACGUUGUCAACAUCAACGCCAUCAUUCUCCUGUGUGUGGCUGUCUUCUUCCAUGGAUACUUCGGUUAGAGAAACUCGGACUCUAAUUUCUUGGGUAUUUAAAUCAGAAUUUUUAAAAACAACCACAAACAUCCCUCAAGGUUCUGAAAGAAGAUAAAUCUCGUUCACACCACUUCACUGUAGCAUUCCUGCUGUAUUGUGCAAUGACUACUGAUCUCAUCAGGGCAUAAAAUGUAUUUCUCCCCUCAAAAUUUCCCUUUUUUAUUUAACUUUUCCUGGUAUUUGCCCCCCUGGAGUAAAACAGUAACCCACGCUGUAAUAUAGUAACACAUCAAGCUUGUUGAAUGCGUGUGUAAAUACUCAUGCUUUUUUCUGACAUUUGCACAUUAUUUUUGCAAUACAUUCCCAGAUAACUGAGAAUUUUCACCUUGUCUUUGAACGUUUGUGUCCUUUUGUUAAUGAACAGAAAUAUAAUAAGAA